GGAGUUGGUAACUGUGUGAGUAGGAAGGGAGUGAACAAAGCCAAGCUCCCGCCAUUCUAAGCCUGCGCCCUCUCCACCCCGAUGCGCUGGGAGGCCAGGGCGCGCGCCCCGAGCGCACUGGCGCCGGACCCCCGGGCGAGACCCGAGCCGGGGACCCGGGAGUUGGCGAAGUGCGGGUUCGUAGGGGGGCCUCGGCAGCCAGUACCCAGGACCACCUUAACAGCGAGCCCCGCCCCGGACCCAGCUCGGGCUGUGCUGAUUGGUGCAAAUGUAAUGGCUGAAAUUGAUUGCUGAAAUGCAAAACUUGUUGCUGCUUCUCUCAGCGCUGGGCGAGAGGCAGACACAGAGAGGGGAGCUGAGACCCUCGGAACGCCCCACGCAGCCCCCCCCGCGUUAGCCAGGAGAGGGGUGCGCGGACCCCCCAGAGCUGCCCCCGCCCCCGCAUUCUGGGCUCCGAGAGCUCCGCGGGAACGCCUGAGCCGGCUCGCCCAGUGUGGUCCUCCAACCCGCGUCCGCCCCCCUCCCCGGGUCCGAGGGGGGACUCGCGAAGCACCUCGGCGCGGAGGCAGGGAACCCGAGCCUUGGAGAGACCCAACCCCUCGUUUCGCUGCCUGUCCGCGCCUGGAACCGGGCGCGGGGACCCCGGCGAACUCAGAGACCAAACAGCGGAGGACCCGAGCUGCAGUCGGCGGACCUGGCAGCGAAGCGGCGCGCGGGGGUGCGGCGCGCCGGGGUGCAGCGCACCGGCCGCGGAGCGGGGGAACCGUGUCUUCCCCUAUCCCUCGGGGUCCAGCCCCGGGUGCCCGCUGCCUCCUCAGCCCCGCUGCGCCCUCGGCUCGGGGGCCGGCACGGGUGAUGCCGAGCGGAGCCUCCAGCCCUCCGACCAGCUGAAGAAACAGUAGCCGCUUGCUCGGGGCCGACGGGGACUGUGCGAGUGGAUCGUGCUUGGCGGAGGCUCGAGCUACCGCGCGCGAGGACUCCGGGGGAGGGGGAGGGACCGCUCUGUCCGUGCCCGGGCGCCAGCCACGGCUUUAAAGGGUCUCCCUGCCCGGCCCCUGAGCAGCUCCGCUUCGGACUCACUCGGAGAGGCUUCGGGCGGCUUCCUGGGGCUCCCCACCCGACCCGUUCGGACUUAAGAAGGUGAUCGCUCGCUUUCCCUGCCUCCUUCCCGCCUCCUUCCCCCCACUUAACUUUUUGUCUCCACUCGCCUGCAGCUCUGUUCCCUCCCCGCAAACCCACCCGCGGCUGUGCCAACCGCCUGGGGCAUGGGCCCUCCGACACGGCUCCUGGAGGCCCUGCGGCGCCGCAAGAUGUGAGAGACCCGUGUGGGGCAGAGCCAGAGCUUCGGGAAAGGAGCGGAGAAGCCCCAGCCUCCACAGGCCAGGAGCGGUGGCGGUGCGCACUGCGUCCCCGCGGUGCCGAGCGAGCGUCCCAGCCCAGGGCCGGACCGAGUAGCUGGCCGGAGGCGCGCCGCGGAGAGCAGGCUGUCAUGCCCUAUUGAUUUCCCCACCCCCCCGCCAAGUAUGUUUGGGCUGGACCAAUUCGAGCCCCAGAUCAACAGCAGGAACGCUGGCCAGGGCGAGAGGAACUUUAACGAGGCCGGACUAAGCAUGAACACCCACUUUAAGGCUCCGGCUUUCCACGCGGGGGGACCUCCUGGCCCCGUGGACCCUGCCAUGAGCGCGCUGGGCGAGCCCCCGAUCCUGGGCAUGAACAUGGAGCCGUACGGCUUCCACGCGCGCGGCCACUCGGAGUUGCACGCGGGGGGGCUGCAGGCGCAGCCGGUGCACGGAUUCUUUGGAGGCCAGCAGCCGCACCACGGCCACCCGGGAGGCCACCACCCCCACCAACAUCACCCUCACUUCGGGGGCAACUUUGGUGGCCCGGACCCAGGAGCCUCAUGCCUGCACGGGGGUCGCCUGCUCGGCUACGGCGGCGCCGGCGCUGGCCUGGGCAGCCAGCCGCCCUUCGCCGAGGGUUAUGAUCAUAUGGCGGAGAGCCAGGGGCCUGAGAGCUUCGGCCCGCAGCGACCCGGGAACCUCCCGGACUUUCACAGUUCGGGCGCCUCGGGCCACGCCGUGCCGGCCCCGUGCUUGCCGCUGGACCAGAGCCCUAACCGAGCCGCCUCCUUCCACGGCCUCCCCGCCUCCAGCGGCUCUGAUUCCCACAGUCUGGAGAACCGGAGGGUGGCGAACCAAGGAGCCGUCGACUCGCUGGAAUACAAUUACCCGGGCGAGGCGCCCUCGGGACAUUUCGACAUGUUUUCGCCCUCCGAUUCCGAGGGGCAGUUGCCUCAUUAUGCGGCGGGUCGCCAGGUUCCCGGGGGCUCUUUCCCGGGUGCCUCGGCUAUGCCCAGAGCUGCAGGCAUGGUGGGCUUGUCCAAAAUGCACGCCCAGCAGCAGCAGCAGCAACAGCAGCAGCAGCAGCAGCAGCAGCAACAACAGCAGCAGCAGCACGGCGUUUUCUUCGAGAGGUUCGGCGGGGCCCGCAAGAUGCCGGUGGGCUUGGAGCCGGGAGUAGGCUCCAGGCACCCCUUAAUGCAGCCUCCCCAUCAGGCCCCGCCGCCCCCGCAGCAGCAGCCCCCACAACAGACUCAGCCGCCGCCGCCGCCGCCGCCGCAGCAGCAGCAGCCUCCGCCGCCCGGGCUGCUGGUCCGACAAAAUUCGUGCCCGCCCGCGCUCCCGCGGCCCCAGCAGGGCGAGGCGGGCACACCCAGCGGCAGCCUGCAGGACGGGGGGCCCAUGCUGCCCAGCCAACACGCGCAGUUCGAGUACCCCAUCCACAGGCUGGAGAACCGGACCAUGCACCCUUAUUCGGAGCCCGUGUUCAACAUGCAGCAUCCUCCUCCCCAGCAGGCGCCCAACCAGCGGCUGCAGCAUUUCGACGCGCACCCCCUACAUGAACGUGCCCAGAGGCCGCGCUUUGACUUCCCGGGCAGCGCGGGAGUGGACCGCUGCGCUUCGUGGAACGGCAGCAUGCACAACGGCGCGCUGGACAACCACCUCUCCCCCUCGGCCUAUUCGGACCCCCCACCUUACGUGACUUUUAUCAAGAAGAACCGCCCGAGGGAAGAGAAAUUGAGCCAGAAUGAGACCGACCGGGGCGCGGCCGUGGCCGGCAACCCGGGCUCGGAUUACUACCCCGGAGGGACUGCUCCGGGGGCCCCAGGGCCCGGAGGGCCUGCGGGGACCAGUAGCAGUGGCAACAAAACCUCGGGGCCGCCCAACCCUCCCUCCCAGGGGGACAGCACCAGCCUCUCCCCAAACUACACCCUGGAAUCCACGUCGGGGAACGAUGGCAAGCCGGUCUCCGGGGGCGGUGGCCGGGGCCGGGGUCGCAGAAAAAGGGACAGUGGUCACGUGAGCCCGGGGACCUUUUUCGACAAGUACUCCGCGGCACCGGACAGCGGGGGCGCGCCCGGGGUCAGCCCAGGGCAGCCGCAGCCGGGCGCGGGCCUGGGGGGAAGCUCGACGGGCGAGGCACGCGGGGCGCCCACGCCCCAUGAGAAAGCGCUCACCUCGCCCUCUUGGGGGAAAGGGGCCGAAUUGCUCCUGGGGGACCAGCCGGACCUCAUGGCGUCCCUGGAUGGCGGGGCCAAGUCCGACGGGAGUUCCCCGCACGUGGGCGAGUUCGCCUCCGACGAGGUGAGCACCAGCUACGCCAACGAGGACGAAGUGUCAUCCAGCUCUGACAACCCCCAGGCCCUGGCCAAAGCGAGUAGGAGCCCCCUGGUGACAGGUUCGCCCAAACUCCCUCCCCGGGGGGUGGGCGCAGGGGAACACGGACCCAAGGCGCCCCCGCCCCCGCUCGGCCUAGGCAUCAUGUCUACCUCUACCUCGACCCCUGACAGCUAUGGCAGCGGCGGGGGCGCUGGCCACCCGGGCACGCCUGGCCUGGAGCAGGUCCGGACCCCGACGAGCAGCAGCGGGGCACCGCCGCCCGACGAGAUCCACCCCCUGGAGAUCCUCCAGGCACAGAUCCAGCUGCAGAGGCAGCAGUUCAGCAUCUCCGAGGACCAGCCCCUGGGGCUCAAGGGGGGCAAGAAGGGCGAGUGUGCUGUGGGGGCGUCGGGCGCCCAGAACGGAGACAGCGAGCUGGGCAGCUGCUGCUCGGAGGCUGUCAAGAGCGCCAUGAGCACCAUCGACCUGGACUCCCUGAUGGCAGAGCACAGCGCCACCUGGUACAUGCCCGCAGACAAGACCCUGGUGGAUGGUGCGGAGGACGACAAAACGCUGGCGCCCUGGGAGAAGGCCAAACCCCAGAACCCCAGCAGCAAAGAAGCCCACGACCUCCCCGCGAACAAGGCCUCCGCAGCCCAGCCCGGCAGCCAUUUGCAGUGCCUGUCUGUCCACUGCACAGACGACGUGGGCGAUGCCAAGGCCCGAGCCUCCGUGCCCACCUGGCGGUCCCUGCACUCCGAUAUCUCCAACAGAUUCGGGACAUUCGUGGCCGCCCUCACUUGAAUCGACAAGAAUGCCCCCUCCCCCGCCAGGCCCUUCCCUGCCCUCUCCCCCCUCUCCUCCCCCUGAACCCCAUCCCCACCCCCCCUCCCACCCCUCUAAUAAUUGGAGAGGGCCACUAUUGCUGAGUGAACGAAUUAUUUUCUAGAUUGGUACCUGCGUAGUGGCAUAUGGACCGGAAAGGGUUAAUUUAAAAGGGAAAAAAAAGAACAACCUCAAACUUUUUUUUUUUUUUAAAAAGAGAAACUGUCUGCCACAGUAUGUUACCAGUGUUAAAUUAACCCUUCUGCAGUUAGCAAACUUUUGCUUAAGCCUUUUCCUUGCUUAGAUAAUUCCCGUUUUCCUGUCAUCUUGGCGUAUGGUUUUUUAGAUGGCCCCUCCCUUUGUUUUAUUUCCACGCUGCUGUAUGUCCAAGUAUUGUUAUUUCAUAAUAAGACAAGAGUCGCGUUCCUUUUUUAUUCUCUUUUAUUCUUGUUCCUCCCCCCGCACCUCCGCCUCCCCCCCCCUUUAUUUUUUUUCUUUUCUUUUUUUCUUUUGCUUUGUUCACUGCUUAUUAAAAUGGAAAUCCUGGAGAAGAGUAGUCCUGGAAUAUUGCCGGGUGAAAGUCAAAUUGUCAUCACAAUAUUAUAUAUUGACAUCCAACUGUCAUCAGUCAGGCAGGAGCCAAACAAUGAAUGCCCCCCUUAGGUAUUCCACCGGGGAUUUUGUUUUGUCUGUUCCCUAAGAAAAAAGAGAGAGAGAGAGAGAGAGAGAGAGAGAGAGAGAGAGAGAGAGAGAGAGAGAGGUUUUCUUCCCUGCAAACACACGCUCAGCUUUCUGCUGGAGGCCGCCCCUCUCUGCACCGAGGUGGUGACGUGGCCAGCCCGCUCUGUGGGAAGGACUCACCACGCUUGACAGCGGCGUUUUUUUCUCCUUCUCUGGGCCUCUCCACAAAUGCCCGGGCUCCGAAUUGUCACGCUAUGCUGAGCAGCCAUGGGGGAUGGGGGCCUUGGAGCCUGCAGAGUCUCUGGGGUGGGGGGCUCCAGCCUCCAGCUCUGCUAUAGCCAGGCCGCUGGGGCUUGGGCGCUGGAGUUGGGGGCGAAUCAAUGCUGAGCCGUUGACCUUUGGUGACAGCUGUUCCCAGCCAGGCAGCCCUAGGGAAGGAGGCGGGGGGCCUGGGUGUACCUCCCCCACCUGUUCUCAUGGGUCCCCACUCUGAUCUGUUUUACCACCUCCAACCUGGGCAACCCCCCAUCUCUGGAAAGAAGGAGGGAGCCCUCAGCUUGCUGAGCCCCCCCUUUCCAAGCCUGGGAAUUUUUUGUUGUUUUUUUUUUUGUUUGCUGGGUUUUGCAGGCUGCUGGGGGUCAGAGGGAGAAUAUAACUCAUGACUUGGAUACCUGGGCCUUGCUUUUUGAACCCUGGAAUUCUGCCUCCCCCCCUUUUGACUUAAUCUCACUCUAUUGCAAAAUUAGAGCCACAUCCCAUGAGUCUCAAGGAGAAUUAACUUUUUGAGAAGUGAUGAGGGGGGCUGGGCGAGUGGGGCUCCUGGACCCCACAAGGCAUGCUCCCUGGUCCUCCCUGAGUGUGGUCACCAGAGGCUCAGGGUGACAGGAGCAGGCACCUUGGGGUGCUGUUGAUGCUUAUGAGGGUCUUGCAUGACCUGGGGGAUGGGGUGUCACUGAGAUUCCAAGGUGGGUCAGAUAGGAAGUGAUGGUAUCAUUCCACCCAAGUCGGCGGCCCAUAUUUUACUGGUUUUUGUUAACGACCAUUCCCCAUUUUGAGCCUCAUCUCAUCUCCCCUUUUGCCCUCCCUCCUCCCCCCCCACCCAGGUCCCCAGAGUUUGCAGACCUGGCUUUUUUUAGCAAGUGACCUGAAGGCUUUGGGCUCACCAUACAACACCCACAUUGUUUAUUUCAAAAAACUUUUCAGCCAAGGGAGGGGAGAAGAGCUUCCAGAAAGAUCUUUCUCUUUCCAUAGCCACCCGCCCCCCCUUCUGUCCUUCUGCUGGCCUUUUGGCUCGGGUCGGAGUCUGGACAGUGCAAGGUCCUGGCCUGGACAGUGUGACCAGGGGCUGACCCCCCGCCCGCAGAGGGCAGGCCGAAGCAGGCGGAGUGAAGUUAUCAGAAGAAGGUGUGUGAGCUGAUUCAGGUCGAAAGGAGAGAAAAGGGGGGAGACGUUCCCCCCCCCCCCUGUCUGCAGGGGAAUCAGCCAGUCAGAGCAAAACCCCACGCCCCCUCCCAUCCCGCCGUGUACAGCUGUUUGAGCGCUUCAUCAUUUUAUUUUUUUAAAAAAACAGGAAUGAUUUCUCCUCAAUUGCUUAAGGCCGGGGAGCCAAGCGUCUUGACUUCUGUCUUUUUGACUUUCCCAGUGUCGAGUCCAUCGGCCCUUGGCCGUGAGCUCGUGGUCUUCGCAACCUCAGAAACCCCUGAAGUUUAAAACUUUCUCGCUCCCCCCACCCGGACCCCACAAUGGAACAGCUUUAAAAAUAGCCUUAAGCAAAAGGAUGUUAUUUCAUUAAAUUUGGUUUAAAUGGAAAAGAAUAAAAGCAAAUUAAAAACACACCCAGCCCACGAGAUUCCAAACACUGGUAAUUGGUACUGCAUAGCAAAACUCUUCGGGAAAAGAAAAUGAAAAACGUUAUUGCACAUGUAAAAUAUGAAAACUUAACUCUGCUGUGUGUUAGGCAAUCCUGUAAUCUUUUUUGACUCUUAAGAAGAAAUUCAUUUCUGAAAUGCUUGGUUGGAAGACUGUGACAAUAGCUCAUGAAAUUGAGUGUUAUUUUUUUCUUUCUUUUUUUAAAAAAAAAUAUGUAAAGUGCAGUCUUCUGUAUUCAUGCAUAUUGUAUAUACCUGUAUAUGUUUUCCUGAGCAGCUAAAUAACAAUAAAUAUGACGUUAAUGGUGA